AGGGAUAACAGUUUGACUCGAUGAGAGCUACAUCGAAUGUAUAAAAUCUUUAUACUGCUGUUCCGAUUUUAGCGGGCCUUUGCAGGAACUCGUGGACCUGUUUACCAUGUUGCUGUAAAUACCACCUGAGUUUCCUUUAGCUGGCGGCGAGAUUUUCUGUGAUAGCAAAUUUGACAUGUAAGUUUGCUGGCUCAAAAAAAGGAUAUCCGAGCCUUAGCCUGCAUGGGCAAAUCUAGACUGAAUUAUCAUUGCACUUGACCGUAUUGACUUGGUGUUCGUAGUAUGCAUUAACUGAAGACCGUUGCCAGACGUACGCUCCAGGGGCGCAAUAGUGUUGAGGAAACUAACCCGAUCUUCCUGCGUGUAAUCACAAGUGCCACGUAAAGUACUUAGCUCAUUACGAAGUCUUCUGCCCGUCCGAGUUUUGCAGUCAGACAAUAGUUUCAGCAUCAUGAAAAUAUCAAGACCACAGUGUGUGGCCAAUUCGUAUGUGGAAUAUGUUUGUGCCAAUCCAAACUUCAUGCAGGAAAUUGAGUCCGCUCUUAAAUGGGCUUCUUUUCUUAUUACAAACCGCUUUCAAUAUUCAAAUGUCGUAGCAGAGUUUCUUUCAACUGGCUCCAAUCUCCUGAUGCUGGCAAAUGACAUUAUUCUAAGACGUGCUUAUGCAUUACCUGUGAGCUCAUCACAAAUCGUGACUACGAUUCGGGCAAUGCUACAGGUGUUCGAAUACUCAGAGGUAUUCUUCGAAACUUCGGCACGUACCCUGAGCGGCGAACCUACUAAAUGGAUAAUAAUAGGGUUGAUUCAGCUUAUUAAGACUGUUCUUAAGUUGGUUCUACUUUUCGGUUUUAAACAAGGUAUGAAUCGGUCGCAAGCGGUACCGCCUUUAAACCGGAAAGCUGAUUUGCAAUACGCAGACAAACUGCGUCAGCAACGACUUGAAAGGCGCGCUCAGUCCAGUUUCAUUCUUAAGUCAGGCCGUGAAGUUCGCAGCUUGGAGAACACGCCACCUAUCAACCAACGACGAUGGUGUGAAACACAAAAGGAAGAUCCAAUGUCGCGUAUGGAACAGAAAUAUUCAUUUGUGCCAUCCGACCUGAAUGGUUCGCAAAUUGUUGGUGAAGUGCUGCACAUCAUGCGACCUUUGGUUCAUCUCUUCGCCAUAAGGUCGUUUGGAUUGAAGUCUUGGGCCCCUUGGGCAAUUGCUCUAAGUAUGGACGUCAGCAGCAUACAGCUACUGCGUGCACCUAACCUUCAACACCUCGAACAACUGGAGAUGUCUCGUCGCACAAUGAUACCGCUUUAUGGGAAACGAGACUGCCAAGACAGGACGUGACUGACUUUCAAGGAAAACAAUUGAACCUCAGAUUCAGCUUCAUAUGGAAGAAAGAACGAGGGAGGGACAGAGAUGCAUUGUUGCCUUAAUCGACUCUUGAAGAUACAUAUUUCCGAUGUUAGAGAAUAAGGCUACCUUGAGAACGACGAUAUCUAGCUUAAUUUGUAAAGACUAACACAGAUUGUCCUGUCUUGUGAAGUCUUGUGGCUGAAGUAUUAGUAAGACUUUUCAUCGAACGCCUACUGCGUACGCCGUC